AUAAUUUUCUGGUACAAAAUUUAAAAUGAUGGGUUACAAAAUAUAAAUUUAUUGAUUAAAUUUUACAUUUUUUAUAAAAUAAUCACAAUUUGAAAUUCUAUUUCUUGAAACAUUUGAAACUAAAUUUAAAAUUUGGGGCAGAUUUUUUUUUAAAUAAAUAGACGCUGAUUUCAAAUCAAAAUUUAGAAUUAAAACCCUGCCUACUAAGUUACACGUGUUAAUGGGGUCUAUUCAGUUUCUCAUUUUCCUUUUCCACCUUUAUUUUACCAAUGAUGAACAUUUCUCAAUCUAAAAGAAGAAAAUAUUAUUCCCUAUAUUUCAUGAAUUGUUGAAGUGUUUUUUAAUGUUUAGAUUAAUAUAAUAUUCAAUCUUUAAGAUUGACGUUGGAAUUUAUUUUUAUUUUUAUCUUUUAUUUGAAUUUUUUUAUGUAACGAGUUCAAGAAAUUUCAUUGUCUUUAUUUAUUUAUUUAUUAUUUGAUUUAUUUUUUUAAAAAUAAUUAUUAUGAUCAAUGUUUUAAAUUUUUAAGAGUAGCUUGAUAAUAAUUAAAAUUAAAUUUUAAAGAGUAGUUUGAGAAUAAUAUGUGUGCAGUAUGUCAAUAAUUCACUUACUCCAAUUAUGGAACAGAGGGAGUACUAUCCAAAAACCUAUCCAUCUUCAGCAGCUACGUACAGGCCUCACUCUUCUACUCAAAGUUUCUUCAUCAAUCAACCCGAUCCAGCUGGGUACUCAGUUCCGCCAACGAGCAAUGCAGGUGAACAAUUGGGUAUUCCUCAGCACAGAUUUCAGAAUUACAGAGAAAUGCGAGAAGCUAUUAUGAUAGAGAUUGAGAAGGAGAAUUUGAGAAAUCGAGAAAUCAAAUCAGAAAUUAAUUGGCUGGAGAGAGAGUUGGUGCUUCCUGGAAGUGAAUACGGAUUGAUCGGAACCUCGAUUUCGUCGCCAGUGCCACGGCUUUUUGCACCACCAUUAAGUAACUACGGAUCACUUACCGGAGAUUCCAUUGCGUCGCAGCUUUUGGUGCCGUGGAGGGAUGGUGGAAUGUCUGUUGAGGAGAAACUGGCAAGGAACUGUGAGGAGAAGAGAUUGGUGGAAAAGGCCAUUGCCGCCCGAUAUCAGCGGUACGGCGUCUAGAUUGUUGCAUUGACAACAAGAGACUUAGUAGUCUCACAUGUUUGAAGACCGUUUUUCAAAACCGGUUUCAAAGAAGAUGUUGCUUUGACAAUGUAUGCCUUAAUGGUAGAGAGCCUCUUGUAUACAAGAUAAGACUGCGCAUAAUAGACCCUUGUGGGCUGGUUCUUUUCCGUACUUCAUGCAUGAGCUUUAGUGCAUCAGACUUCCCUUUUAAUGGUAUAAAGCAAAAUAGAACAUCCUCAGUUCCAUUCUAUGACGUGUUUGUUUUCGUUUUUGUAAAAAUUGUUUCAAUAGAACUACUAAUAGUAGUAUACAUUGAGCUAAAGUUUAGUAUUUA